GGCAAGUGUUUGUAUGUCGGGGCAUUGGGAGCGGGCGAGGGUUUGACAGAUCAUGUUAUCACAGAGACAAAAGGGGGAUCUGGCUCGUUUUUAUACGGUAACCGAUCCAAAAAGACACAGAAGAGGCUACACGGUCUAUAAAGUGACGGCACGGGUCGUUUCAAGGAGAAACCCUGAGGAGGUCCAAGAGAUAGUAGUUUGGAAACGUUACAAUGAUUUUAAGAAACUUCACAAAGAGUUCUGGCAGCUUCAUAAAACUUUGUACAGGCAUCCAGAAUUAUUUCCACCUUUUGCUAAAGGAAAAGUUUUUGGUCGUUUUGACAAAUCUGUGAUUGAAGAGAGAAGGCAGUGCGCUGAAGAUCUCCUACAGUUCUCUGCUAAUGUCCCAGCCUUGUAUAAUAGUAAACAGCUAGAAGAUUUCUUUAAGGAUGGCGAAGUUUAUGAUGGAUCGGAACUCAUUGGUCCAGUAGAUCAGUCAUCAGAGUCGCUGAAUGAUAGCUUAUCAGAUGGCAGUACUGAAGCCCAAAAAGACUUCUUUGAUGAUGUCACGCUCAGCAGUCAAUCAGAGUGUGGUGAACAAGAACAACCAGGUUUAUCCAGUGAUAGUGAUGCCUUGUCACUGACAGUGGAUGUGGAUUCUCUCACUGAAUGUGAUGAUGGAAUGGCAUCAAAUAGAAAAUCUCCAAGCGGAUAUAGAAGACUUAGAGGGUCCCCUGAACCUACUGCAAGGCAUGGGACCGCUUCUCAUCAGGACACAAGAAAAGAUGGAGCAGGAGGAAGCAAAGUCUUGUGGUCGCAACCAUUUGGAAGUUUGAAGCACAGAACUGGGAGAGGUGACUACUUGGUAAAGGCAGGAGAGCAGAUACAGCUGGCAUUGCAAAAGGAAGCAGAACAGGAUUAUGAAAGUGCCUUCAAAUUCUACCAGAUUGGAGUUGAUUUGUUGCUUCAAGGAGUUCAAGGUGAAGCAAGUCCAAGUCGUCGAGAAGCAGUAAAAAAGAAGACUGCAGAGUACCUAAUGCGUGCAGAGCAGAUCUCUACUCAAUGUCUCAGGACAUCCAUGGAUGAUAGUUCUCUUCAGUCAUGGCCUCCAGGACUGCUAAGUUCAAGGCCUGCUUGGAACCUGAGGAGUCCUGCAGAGGAGCUGAAGGCCUUCAGAGUCCUUGGGGUGAUUGACAAGGUUUUGCUCGUGUUGGAUUCCAGAACACAAGAAACUUUCAUUUUAAAAAGUCUAAGGAAAAGCAGCGAGUGCAGCAGGAACAAAAAAACCAUCAUUCCCCACUGUGUGCCUAACAUGGUGCAACUGAAGAAGCAAAUAGUGUCUGAUGACUCCAUCUUUCUUUUGCUGCAACAUGCCGAAGGGGGUAAAUUGUGGUCGUAUGUUUGCAAAUUCCUCCAGAAAAUGUCAGAAGAAAGCUUUAGAGCACCGGAUCCAGGCAAACAUAGCUUCAAGACAUCUGCUGUACAAGAUGAUUUUACUGUGGAACAAUUGAGUACGGAAGGCUUGGGCAGCAGCAUCAGCUCUGGGUCAAGUGACCUUGGAAAUGUUCUUCAGGACCAACCUGUGAAUAGCAAUCUGACUUCAAGUUCACAGGAUGACAGCAGUGCUCCAGAUGAAGAUGCUCAGGGCUAUUCACACGAACUGUUAGGGUCAGCAUCAUCAGAUUCUGAAGCGGAUGAUGAAGAAUGCACGAGUAGCUAUCUUACAUUGUGCCAUGAAUAUGAGCAAGAGAAGACAGAACCUGACAACCUGCCCCCUGAAACUUUUUCAGAAGUGUCCGAGGAAGUACGUAGAUGUUCUGCAGACAUAGGAAUGACCACAAGGUCACAUUCUCUUCUUAGUAAUGACAGUCUUUGUUCCCCUACCACAAUUCAGGAACUUAGAUUUUUCACUGACGAUAUUAACAUAGAAGCCUUUAGUCCUACAGAGGCCUCUGAAUCACUAAAUCUGUCUAAAAAUAGUCCAAUGGAAUUUUUCAGAAUUGAUAGCAAGGACAGUACAAAUGAAUUGGUAGGUCUUGAUGUAGGAGAAAAAAUCCAAGCUGAAAAAAGUGACUUGGAACAAAAUUUUAAUCUGGUACCCGAAAAGGAUGACAAGAGUAAUUUUGAUACUAGUAACAGUAAACUAGAUUCCAUUGCAUUUUUAGCCCUGGAUAAUUACAGCAGAGGAUCCUCCAGUGAUUCUGUACCAGUUAUCUCCUUCCAGGAUGCAGCAGGUGGGGAUACAAGCAGCUGCGACGAGGGUAGGCCUGAUCUAUUAGUGAAUUUACCAGGUGUUUCACAGGACGGGGAGGCAGCUGGAGUGUUUUUAUCUGAUAAAUGCAGUGUGACCAAUGGUGAUAUUUCAGAGAACAGGCUGUAUGAAAAACCUGACGUUUUACAAAUUAAUUAUAAUAUUGAUCAUUGCAUGAAUUCUCAAGGAACACUGGAACUUAUUUUACUGGAUGAAGAAGUGUCUAGUGAUGGAAAGAUAGACAAAGUCUCAAGGCAUCAAUUGCAACUUCCUGAGAACAGAAAAGAAAAAGAUCAAAAAGAGCAGCUUGAUAACAGCACGUUCAUUGGGAAAGAAAUAGAAUAUAAUUCCUUACUCCCUCUCACCCACACUGAGAAUACAUCAUCAUUUUUGAACAUUGCAUCUUAUGGCACCAUAAACAGGACACACAGCAAUCAAAAUCUGAGCCCUGAUCCUCAACUACAUGAUCUAAACAGCAAUUAUAAUGCUGUUUUGGAUGAAGAUCCCUCCAAUAACAAAGAGCUUGCCCAAACAAUGAAAGAAGCAGUUACAGAUGAAGAGCAAGCAUUUGGAGAACACAUAGGCAGCUGUGACCAAGGAACACAGGACAGCAUCUCACACUCAGAGCGUACAAGUGAUACACCAGUAGCAGAAAAACGUAUUGCAAUAAGGACAAAUGAGGACAAGUUAGUUUCACAUAUGUUUAAAGAUCUAGAAGAAAGAUUUGUGCGAGCUUCCAAUGCUCGUAUUCCAGAGAGUUGUAUUCAGCAUUGGGCAGCAGAGAUAGUUGUUGCCCUUGAUGCACUUCAUCGAGAAGGAAUCAUAUGCCGCGAUUUGAACCCAAACAACAUCUUGCUGGACGGCAAAGGACACAUUCAACUAACAUAUUUUAGCAGAUGGAGCGAGGUUGACGAUUCCUAUGACAGCAGUGCCAUAGAGAAAAUGUACUGCGCCCCAGAGGUUGGUGGGAUAGCAGAAGAAACUGAGGCUUGUGACUGGUGGAGUCUAGGUGCAAUUUUAUUUGAACUCUUGACUGGUAAACCUCUGUUUCAGUGCCAUCCAGCUGGAAUAAAUACACACACGGCUCUAAACCUGCCAGAUCACAUAUCAAAGGAAGCUAGAUCUGUGGUACAACAGCUUUUGCAGUAUAAUCCCAGUGAGAGACUUGGUGCCAGUGUGUCAGGUGUUGAAGACAUCAAAUCGCACCCAUUCUUCCACACAGUGGACUGGUCCAGAGUAACAAAUGCAAGUGAAACUUCAUCAUUACUGCACUAACCAGCAUUGUACUGGGGGUGAAUCCCAGGCUGUCAACCAUCUGAGAUAUGAACUGUGUAACUGACAUCGGGCAAAAUGGUGCAAUUGAAUUUUUGUUGGUAUAUUUCAUUGUUUGAGUCUGCAUUACAAUUGACUCAGGUGCUGUGUUUUAGAUAUCAGAAUCGGCAAUUAUUAUAUUCUGUGAAUAGGUGUGUAUAAAAUAGGCAGAUACAGCCAGACUGGAAAAGGAGAGUAAUGUACUAUAUUUAUUUAUAGAACAGAGUUUGUGGUGCUGUAACAUAUUGAAAUUAGUCUAUUCCUAAUGAGGGUAAUUUCUGCUGAUCAUUGUUAUUAAUUACGACUCCUACUACAUGAACCAAUGAAUUGCAGGGUAUAGAUUAGAACCAACCUAAUAAAAUAGUUGACAAAUUACCUACAAUGGAUAUCUCUGUUUUUCCUAAAGACGUAAUGUUUUUCUUUACAGUGCAUUUUGAAAAUGAAUUCCUGAUGAAAACAUAUUUACGAAAUUAAAUGCAUAUACUAUUGCAGCAGUCCAAAAUUAAAGCAGUACUACUUCAUACACAUACAACAUCAACCAAGUUCAGAAAUGCAGUCACAUCUGGAAUUACUGGAGCUGAGUAAUUAUCAGCUUUAAGGUCUAAACUCACAAUUGCCUUUGGAGACGUGAUUACUUAAUAGGUUAUCAAUGCCUUUUAUUUUCAGAAAUUUAAUUUCAGAUCCAUGCUAAGAAAAGCCAUGUUGUGUUUGUCAUCUUUCAUACAGGAAUGAACAAUUUAACCAAAUUAAGAGUUAAUAAUUCUUAAGAUCUUUGUGUGAGGAUAUAACUUGGGAUAACAAAUUUAGUUUUAGUUCCAAUCAAAUCCUUGUAUAAUUUUGCACCAGUAAUUUACUGAAUCAUUCAGAAGGGAAACAGGCUAUUUGGUUCACCUCAUGAGCACCAACCAGUGGGCCCCCAUCUCUAUUAAUCCCAUGUUCCACCACUGGACCUUGGCCUACUGUGCCUGUUGACUUAAGUAUUUGUUUAAAUACUUGUUAAAUGUCAUUAGUGACACACACAGGCACUGUGUUCCAGUUUACUUGUCACUUUGUAGUGCAAAAAAAAACUUCCCUCAAAUCUCGUGUAUCUUGCCCAAAUUAUAUUUAUUUUUUUAUUUAUUGAGAUACAAUGUGGAAUAAACCCUUAUAUCUUCUUAGUUUCAUCUAUCUUUGAUAUAGUGAAAAGUCUACCCAAUCUACACCCUUUUAAAUUUAAUAGACCUCAAUCAUGAUUCUGCAACCUUCUUUACUCCAGGGAAAACAGACCUAACUAUCCAGUUUCUUCACACAACUGAAACUGUGCAUCUUAGGCAAUAUCCCAGUGAAUCCUCUCUGCAUCCUUUCUAGCACUCUCACAUCUUCAAUCUAAAUAUUGUGUUUCUGAAAACUCUGCUCAUUUUGCUAAGGGUUAUUAUGGCUGACAUAAUGGAAUAUUAUUUUACUUCAGGCACUGGGUCUUACUUUAUGCUUUCCUGGCCAGAUGUGGUUUUAUUAGCAUGCUAAACUCCUAUGCUGAUAUAAAAAUGAGACUCAUCCUCAACUUCAGGCAAGAAUGCUUUUGGUUUUGCAAAUCACUUGUCGUUGGCUCUUUCCGAAGAAAGAAGAAGAAGAAGAAAGCCCUUAACUUCGAGUGGAGUCAUCGGGACGCUGUCAUUUUAUGGCUUUUUUUUAGCAGGCUUUCCUAUUUUUACGGGGCCGAGUUGCUAGCUCGAUGCUCAACCCAGCACGGAUGGAAAACGUGCAAGGGAACCGGCUGGAUUCAAACUUGGGAGCCUCUGCUCCAAAGUCCAGCGCUGAUGCCACUAAGCCACCAGCCCAAAUGAGACUCAUCCUCAAUUUCAGGCAAGAAUGCUUUUUGUUUUUGCAAAUCACUCAUUGUUGGCUCUUUUUGAAGAAACUACGAAUUAAUGUUCUCUUGGGGAACUACUUUUCACAUUGUUAUCCACUGGUUAUGAGAUGAGAGACUGGUCCCACCAGGUUUAUGUUUGCUUCCUGGGUAAGACAGCACGGUCCCAACUACUGAAGUGCCUAUUAAAAGGUAUUUUAAGUCUUUAAAAUCUAUGUGGUAUUAUGCAGAAUAAGAAGCAAAUGCAUGUACCAGAAAAUCAUCCAAUAUUCCAAGAGAGUGAUGGUCCUAGAAAUCCUCAGCAAAGAUAGCCAUAGCUUCAACACUGGAAUAUAGUAGCUUUUCAUUGGAAUUGUCAUGCCCUACUUGAUCUCCAGCCAAGUAUGACAAUUUAUGGAUUCAUUAUCGUUUAUAGAUAUAGUGGCAUAAUAUGAAGAUAUAAAGUCUAUCACGGGCAAAAUCCUCCCCUCCAUUCAGCACAUCUGUAUGGAGCGCUGUCACAGGAAAGCAGCAGCCAUAUUCAGGCCCCCCCCCGCCCCCUCGCUUCUCACUGCUGGCAUCAGGAAGAAGGUACAGGAGGCUCAGGACUUACACCAGCAGAUUCAGGAUCAGUUAUUCCCCCUGAACCGGAGUGGAUAACUUCACUCAACUUCACUUGCUCCAUCACUAAACUGUUCCCACAACCUAUAGAUUCUCUUUCAAGGACUCUUCAUCUCAUAUUCCUGAGAGCUAUUGUUUAUUUAUUUUGUAUUAUUAUUUGAG